AUGUCUAAUGAACAUUCCUCUCUACAAGACAAAGUUGUCUUGAUCACUGGCGGCGCUUUAGGUGCAGUAACGGCCGAGCUUUUGUCCAAGAACGGAGCAAAGAUUGCGUACGUUUAUCAUGCAAACGUAAAAGCAGCAGAAGAUGCAAUCAGAAAGUUAACUGGUCAAGGUCAUGAAGGCUACCAAGCUGAUUUACGUACAGAAGCAUCAAUCAAAGAUGUCUUUGAAAAAGUAAAGAAAGAUUUCGGCAAAAUUGAUAUUGCGAUCAACAAUGUCGGCAAAGUGAUCAAGAAACCAAUCGUGAACAUCAGUGAAGAAGAAUACGAAGAAAUGUUUAAUUUGAAUUCAAAAGUUGCAUUCUUCUUUAUCAAGUAUGCUGCAAUUCAUGUCACAAAUGGUGGAAAGAUUGUUACCACAGUUACAUCACUCUUGGCUGCUUUCACAGGCAAUUAUUCAGUUUAUGCAGGUUCAAAAGCACCCGUUGAACAUUUCACUCGUGCCGCCUCUAAGGAAUUACAACAAAGACGUAUUUCCGUCAAUGCAAUCGCUCCAGGUCCAAUGGAUACGCCUUUCUUUUAUCCACAAGAAGAAGAUGCUGCCGUUGCUUUCCAUAAAUCACAAGCUCUCGAUGGUCGCUUGACAGAUAUUCAUGAUAUCGCUCCAAUCAUCAAACAUUUGGUUUCAGAUGGUAAUUGGAUCACAGGUCAAACAAUCUUUGCAAAUGGUGGUUAUACCACUCGUUAG